AUGCAAGUACCAGCUCCGGUUGUGCAUCAUGAAGAAGCCAAAGAGUUUUUCACAAUAAUACCUAAAGAUUACGUUGUCAAAGAAACUAUCAAGGAUGAAGUUCAGUUGAAUACAGUAACAGUACGUAAAUUACAAAAGAUAAGGCUUAACAGCAUUGACUAAAAAUAGGAUCACUUCAAAUAUUCAGAGUUAGUAAAGCUAUGAUGUUGUUCAAAUAAUUUCGUGCUUCCUCUCAAAACAAGUUUUUGGGGUUAAGGGGCACAUAAUUAUUUGAACAACCUUAUAGUUUUACUAACUAUAUAACUUCAGAACUCCUACUUCACUUUUAACCAAAACCCAACGUAUAUAGACAAGUUCUCUAAAUAUGACUUGCCAUCGUAUUAUAUCAAUAAAAGACACUCAAUGUCAAUCUCAACAAGCCAAAAUAACCAAAUCAUAUCAACUACUGAAGACCAAUUUACUAUAGUAUUAAAUGCUUACAACCGUGAUGAGCAACUUCACUUUGUCCUCCAGAAACUGGAUAAACUACAGUAUGUAAAGUCUGUUAUUGUGGUAUGGAAUGACCAAACAAGAGAGCCGGCUACUGCUGAACAUUGGCCAAAAAUUCAUGUCCCAAUCCAUUUUGUUAGAGCUAAAGAAGACUCAAUGAACGAGAGGUUUAGGCCGCUGGACUUGAUUGAAACUAACGCUGUGUUUAGUAUGGAUGACGACUUUGAGGUGGGCAAUGAGGUCAUUGAAUUGUCGUUUAGGUAUGUCACAAUGGCUUAUUUAAUGUAGCCUUACUAAACCUCAACCUUUCAGAAUCUGGCAAUCAAAUCCAGAAACAAUAGUCGGCCCAAAUGCCAGGCUAGCUCUGUUCAACAAAGAAAAAGAAGAGUUCGAAUACCUAACUGAAAACGAAUGCAUGUACAACAUCAUCCUGACUAGUGGAGCUUUCAUGCACCGAAGUUACUUGGCUUCAUAUUGGAGUGCUGAUUUCAAACAAGUCAGAGAUUACGUGUCAACAGUCAAAAACUGUGAGGAUUUGGCCAUGAACUUUGUUGUCCAACAUUAUUCACGGAAAGAACCAAUUAAAAGCACACAUCUUUUGAGAAGCAGGUAGGUUAAUAAGCUUAAAAGUUAAAUUUUUGAGUUUUAAAAAACAAAAUUUUAAAAAAUAUUAUGUUGUUUAAAAAGUUCUGAGCUACUUCUCACAGCCAAUUUUCGGAAUUCGGGCACAGAAUUAUUUGUACAACCUCAUAUACGUGUGGGAAUUACAAUACCUAAAAACUGAGUGAAAGCUCGACAAACAUAAGGUAAAACCAGUAUUCUAAAAUACGAAAUAGCGUAAAUUGCCCAUAAUUUCAGUGGAAGAUUCGAAAAACCGUCAAAAUUAUCACUACGCCCAAAUCACCUUGAUGACAGAGCUAAAUGCCUCAAAAUGCUGCGAAGAUUCUUCAGCUACAACCCUCUAAUUACAACUGAACACCGAGUAGAUUCUCUCCAUUACAAUCAUGAGCACCUCAAGUGCUACAACAAUGUUUAA